AUGUCUAGUCAGCGUCUUGUCCUAGGCCUCCCACGUGUCUUGCCGUCGCUGCCGCCUUCGCUUGCGCCGCCGUGUGGUCCCUGCGUCGAGGGUCGGCUGCGCGCCGCCCCUCACUCCUCCUCCCUUCGUCCGGCCACCGAGCCUUUUGAGACGCUUCACUUGGACGUCUGGGGCCCCGCCCCUCGUCUAGGCCCUGAGCGUGAGCUCUACUUUCUGGUGGUCGUUGACGACUUCUCCCGCUACACCACAGUGUUCCCUCUGGCGAAGAAGUCUGAGGUGACUUCUACGCUGAUCAGGUGGUUGCUCACCACCGAGGACACUCGUGGUCGUCGUGUCAGCUGCCUCCACUCCGACCGUGGGGGUGAGUUUCGCUCCGGCAUUCUCGCUGGAUUCUGUCGCGAGCAGGGCAUUCGUCAGUCCUGGACGCUUCCAGAGUCCCCACAGCAGAAUGGGGUUGCUGAGCGCCGCAUAGGCCUGGUCAUGGAGAUCGCCCGCACCUCCCUGACUCACGCCUGGUCCCCUGGUGUUGCGUCGCGGUUUCGUGUCUGGGGGUGCUUGGCUCUUGUCCGCGACACCUCCGCGGACAAGCUCUCGCCUCGUGCCGUCCCCUGUGUCUUCCUUGGUUUCCCUGAGGACUCCUCUGACUUCACCUUUUACCACCCUCCCUCUCAUCGGUUCUUUGACUCCCGUGACGUCCGUUUCGAGGAGUCCACUCCGUACUACGUCAGCCCCGUCGGGUGUGUCCCAGGCUACCCCUCCUCCUUCAGUAGCCUCUCCGGUACAGCCUCCCUCCCCACAGUCCUCCUCGCAGCGUGCCGCAGGUGCUAG